AUGUCGAAUCCGUUCACGCUUAAUGGUGGUGCUUGUUUGGCGAUGGCUGGGAAGGACUGCGUAGCCAUUGCAUGCGAUCUGAGACUAGGUCAACAAGCUCUCACACUCUCCAACAACUUCCCCAAGAUCUUCAACUAUGGCGAUGUAUUCCUGGGUCUAACAGGUCUCGCAACCGAUGUCCAAACAAUGCACUCCCUCUUUCGCUACAAAGUAAACCUCUACCGUCUUCGAGAAGAACGCGAAAUCGAACCGGAAACAAUGGCAAAUCUUGUCUCCUCGUCUCUUUACGAACGCCGUUUCGGUCCAUACUUCGUCUCACCUGUCGUUGCUGGUAUUAACCAGCGUACGGGCAAACCAUUUAUCUGUGGGUUUGAUUCGAUCGGGUGUAUCGACUUCGCCAAGGACUUUAUUGUGAGCGGUACGGCGAGUGAUCAGUUGUUCGGUGUGGCCGAAGGUUUGUGGGAACCGGAUCUGGAGCCUGAAGAUCUAUUCGAGACUGUCAGUCAGACUUUGUUGAAUUCUUUGGAUAGAGAUGCGCUGGCUGGUUGGGGUGCACACGUUUAUAUAAUCACCAAGGACAAAGUUACGAAGAGAUUAUUACGAACUAGACAGGAUUAA